AUGUCACCGACGGCAGCUGCCGUUCUGCAGGAGGAGUAUGAAGCGGCUCGACGCGCCAUCGUGAAGGGUCUUGGCGCUUAUCCAUUUUCUUACGCACGCGUCUUGGGCCGGCAAACGACACCCGCGGACGAGUGGAGGCUUCGUGGACUUUCAAAUGGCGACUUUGUACUGGCAACCGAGGCCAGGGAAGGAGGAACACACGAGCUGCGUGGCAAGGACGCAAAGCAGCCACCCAUGACGGCGCACAGGACUGCUGCGGUGAGGGCACCAGACGCACAGUCUUCCGCCUCUUCUGUUUCCCUGCCGAUGCAGGCAAAGCCGCCUCGCUGGCCUUCGCUCCUGCAGCUCACCCGCGAAAUCGAGCGCCACACCAUGACUCGGACGUACCUGUGGGAGAUCUCCCCGGUAAAGAAGACCGCGACGGCAUCAUCGAAUUCGCUGUUCACCACGUCCGAUGCGUACGCCGCUACACCGUCGCUGCUCGCCUUCUACACCGUUUCUGUGCUUUCCCGCAUCGCAGAGCACGCGGUUCGGCACGCGUGGCGCGGCGGCCCGCACCUCUACCCGAAGCGUCGUGUUCCAGAGCGCAACUCAGCCUUCGCCUUCUCUGGCUGUCCGCGACUGACGCUGGAGGACGUGACGAGUCAGCAGUGGGACCGUGCGGAGGCGGCGCACUUUCUCAUUUCCGUCCUCCAGCACUCGUGCAUUCAGCAGGACCUGCGACAGCGGCUGUGGACGGCUGCGCAGUGCUAUCACCGUGACAUACUUCAGGACCUCGACUCCCUUGCACGCGGAACUCGCCAAGAAGGGGGAAGGAAAUCUUUUAUUGCAGUGGACGACUCGCGAGCUGCUUCCACGGCGUUCCAGGUUCCUCUGGAGGAGGUGAAGCGGCAGCUGUUCGCCUUCCCAGCCCACAUUCACUUCUCGGUGGUGCCGUCUGCGGACGUCUUCGCAGGAGCGGCGGGAAAUAAAGGCAAAGUCGUUGUGCAGCCUCUGCGAUCGUCGCAUUGGUUUCACUUUAGCUCCUCCGACCGCGACGUGAUGCGCAUUUUCUCGGAGCGACCCCACACGGACAUCUUCAUGCCAUCCAAAGCCUUCACAGAGGUGACAAAAAUGGCCAACCAAGGCGCGCCAAUGCACAAGACUCGCACCACGCAAGAUCAGCUGUGGUUGCUGCUCAGUGAGAUGUCGCGCCUGCGCAUCUUGGUGGGGUACCUUCUGCAUCUGGAAGCGUUCCUCUACAAGAUGCGCUGUGCCGCUGAAGUGUCCCCGGGUGAGCACACGGCAUCGGAUGGAAAGGGCGUGACGCGCCAAGGCCUCUCCACCGCUGAUGCACAGGCGGCGCACGACGCCCGCUACGUUGGCGAAGUCUUCCACUUCCUUGAAAUACAGCUCCACAUGCAGCUGCAGCGCCGUCAUCACAGCCUACGGUUUCUGUCGAAGCACAAAAUACAAUAUGCCGCUUCGGAGGCGGCAGAGGACAGCAACGGCAGUCCUGCCACGUUUGGGGAGGACGAUGUGGCGAGCAACGGUGCAUCGACUUCUGGUUCGCGCCUACAGGAAGAAGCACGUUGCUUUUCAACCGUGCAAGGGCUCUUUACCGCCUUUAUUCGAGCACUGGAGGGCGAUCCACGACACACCUUGCCGGAGAAGGGCGGCGCUCCUGCGCAGGUUGAGACGGCAGAAAAGAAAGCGCCGGACAUUGGCAGUGGUGAGUUGCAGGGGGGAGGGUUGCACGCGACUCGCGUGAAUCCCCGCAAAAGCGUAGAUCAACGAGCGAACAGCACGGGCAAAACAACGCACCUUUCUGCCGAUGACGAGGCUUUUCUGCAAGCGGUUGUUUCUUCGCUACCAAGUGAGACUCGCCACGCCGCCAAGAAUCGGGGGUCUUCACAGUGGAGGCACAAGACGCCGGAGCGAAAAACGAGAUAG